AUGAUUCGCUACACGAAGGCUGCGUUCCAGACGCUCCUGUAUUGGUGGGGUGGCAUCAACAGGCAUUUGAUCUUGAAUUCCGUGCUCUACCUGCUUUUCUUAGUCGCCCUCUUCUGGGCCCAGUCCAAGUGGCCGAUCUUCCGGGUCGAGUCUUCCACUAGUGGCCUGUCGAUGCUGGGAAGCUUGACGGUGUUCCUGCUGGUCUUCCGCAUGAACCAGUCCAUGGCCCGGAACAACGAGGCCACCGAGAGGACGGACGAGAUGUUCGGCGAGCUGGAUUUCUUGAUCCAUUCAGUCUGCAGCUUCAUGCAGGGUGCCAAGGAAGACCUCUUGCAUGAUCUGGUCCUGAACCCCCAUCGGGUGCAUUCGGAGGAGGAGAUCCGGAUCAUGAAGUUGCAUGGAGAGCUGGCAAGUAUGGUGCGAAUCCACGUCGUGCGGCUAACCAUUGCCUUCGGCGUCAGUUGCCUGCUCUACUUUCGCAUCCUUACGGCCCUUGCAGAUGCCCAGGGCGUCCUUGAAGAGGAGGAUCUCGUGCAGAUCGUUUUUCUGCACAGCCGUUUGCAGGCUCUUCUUUACGAAGAGGAGAUGGAGCUGGUGGACCAGUACAUGGGCAUCUCCCGUGAGACGGAUGGCGGAGCUGGUUCGGAGGCAGAGUACCGGGCUGAGACGGGCCGCUUCCGCAUUGCUGCGCAGUGUUCCGGCCUGCUCAUGCGCCCGCGGAAGGCUGGUAACAACGAGGAGGAGGACUGCCGCUUCGUGCCACAGAGCAGCGACAUCGUCCCACCGUUGCCCAAGGUCAUCCUCAGUAUGCUGGUAGAGACCUGCCACACACCCUUGGCGCAGAAGUGGGGUUACCCUGAGCGUGUUCUCAACCUCAUUGCGAGCAUCUCUGCCGAUGCUUUGGACCAGCUGACGCAUUUGUCGGGCCUGAUCGCAAGGCCCGUCUCGCUGGCCUACUACCAGCACUGCCGCGUCAUUGUGGUCAUCUUCAGCUUCAUGCUUCCUUUGGUUACCGAGGUGGGUGAGGACUUGAUCGGCAGCAUCUUUGAUAACAUCGUCUUCCCCUUCGUGAUCUACUGG